AUGCAUGCCACUAAUUCCAGGGGACGCUCCCCUGCUUUCCUGCAACCUCAGAAUGGAAAUGGCCAUCGCUCCUCGGGCUAUGUUCCAGGGAAGAUUGUCCCACUGCGCCCCCCUCCUCCUCCAAAGAGCCAAGCUUCAGCCAAAUGUCCCUCCGUCAGACAGGAGACCCGGGCCAGCUUUGCUUUCUCACCUGAAGAGCAGCAAGCCCAAGGAGGAAGCCAAAAGCAGAAGAGGCACAAAAAUACUUUCAUUUGCUUUGCUGUCACUAGUUUCUCAUUUUUUGUUGCACUUGCAGUCAUUUUAGGAAUAUCCUCAAAAUACGCUCCAGACGAGAAUUGCCCCGAUCAAAACCCUCGUCUUAGGAACUGGGAUCCCGGACAAGAUUCUGCAAAGCAAGUUGUUAUCAAGGAGGGAGAUAUGUUCCGUCUGACCUCAGAUGCCACAGUGAAUUCUAUAGUCAUUCAGGAUGGAGGGCUGCUUGUAUUUGGGGACCAUAAAGAUGGAUCCAGAAAUAUUACUUUGAGGACUCGUUACAUCCUGAUCAAGGAUGGUGGGGCGCUUCAUAUUGGAGCAGAAAAAUGCCGCUAUACAUCCAAAGCGACAAUUGCCUUGUAUGGCAAGUCCGAUGAAGGUGAAAGUAUGCCAACAUUUGGCAAAAAAUUUAUUGGUGUGGAAGCCGGCGGGACACUGGAGUUACACGGGGCACAGAAGGCGACGUGGACGUUGUUGGCGAGAACUCUGCACGCCUCGGGCCUGACCUAUGGCGCCUAUGCCUUUGAGAAGAACUUUUCCAGGGGCCUCAACGUGAGGGUCAUUGACCAAGACACAGCCAAGAUUUUAGAAAGCGACAGGUUUGAUACCCACGAAUACCACAACGAGAGCAGGCGUCUGCAGGAGUUUCUGAGGGUCCAGGAUCCGGGACGGAUUGUUGCUAUAGCUGUUGGAGAUUCAGCAGCCAAGAGUCUCUUACAGGGAACCAUACAAAUGAUCCAGGAUCGGUUGGGAAGCAAGCUGAUCCAAGGACUGGGCUACAGGCAAGCUUGGGCUUUGGUUGGUGUCAUCAACGGUGGCAGCACUUCUUGCAAUGAAUCUGUGAGGAACUAUGAAAACCACAGCAGUGGAGGGAAGGCUCUUGCCCAGAGGGAAUUUUAUACUGUGGACGGUCAGAAGUUUGCCGUGACAGCUUAUAGCGAAUGGAUUGAAGGUGUCUCUCUUUCAGGUUUCCGGGUGGAAGUCGUGGAUGGCGUGAAGCUUCAUCUGCUUGAUGAUGUCAGUAGCUGGAAACCCGGAGAGCAGAUCGUGGUGGCAAGCACUGACUACUCCAUGUACCAGGCCGAGGAGUUCACGCUGCUCCCCUGUCCCGAGUGCAGCCGUUUCCAGGUCAAAGUCAAAGAAACCCCGCAGUUCCUGCACAUGGGUGAGAUCAUAGAUGGCGUAGACAUGAGAGCCGAGGUUGGAAUUCUCACCCGGAAUGUUGCAAUCCAAGGAGAAAUGGAAGAUGCGUGCUAUGGUGAAAACCAGUGCCAGUUCUUUGAUUAUGAUACCUUUGGGGGACAUGUCACGAUAAGGAAAAAUUUUACUUCCGUCCAUCUUUCUUAUGUGGAAUUGAAAUACAUGGGCCAGCAGCGGGAGCUGGGACGGUACCCUGUUCAUUUCCACCUGUGCGGGGACGUGGACCACAGGGGAGGUUACAGACAUAGGACAUCUGUGGACGGACUGUCCAUUCAUCACAGCUUCUCCCGGUGCAUCACUGUGCACGGGACCGACGGCCUGCUGAUAAAGGACACCAUCGGGUUUGACACACUGGGCCACUGUUUCUUCUUGGAAGACGGUGUUGAACAGAGAAAUACUUUGUUCCACAACCUGGGACUCCUCACCAAGCCCGGCACCCUCCUUCCCACAGACAGGAACAACUCCAUGUGCACCGCCAUGCGAGAAAAAGUGUUUGGGAAUUACGUCCCUGUGCCCACCACGGACUGUAUGGCUGUUUCAACUUUCUGGAUUGCUCAUCCCAACAACAAUCUGAUUAAUAACGCAGCUGCUGGCUCACAGGAUGCUGGAAUAUGGUAUUUAUUUCACAAGGAACCUACUGGGGAAUCCAGUGGAGUGCAGCUGCUAACGAAACCAGAACUUACUCCGUUGGGUGUAUUUUAUAACAACAGGGUCCAUUCAAGUUUUAAGGCUGGCUUAUUUAUUGACAAAGGUGUCAAAACAACCAUUGCUAGUGCUGCUGACCCCCGGGAAUACCUCUGUUUGGAUAACAAUGCAAGGUUUCGGCCUCAUCAGGAUGGUGACCCUGAAAAGCCACGUGUUGCUGCUGUAAUUGACAGGCUCAUAGCUUUUAAAAAUAAUGACCAUGGAGCUUGGGUCAGAGGGGGAGACAUUGUCGUCCAGAAUUCAGCAUUUGCAGAUAAUGGGAUAGGACUAACCUUUGCCAGUGAUGGAAGCUUUCCAAGUGAUGAAGGUUCUAGCCAGGAGGUGUCUGAAUCUCUCUUUGUUGGAGAAAGUAGGAAUUACGGCUUUCAGGGUGGUCAGAACAAGUACGUAGGCAUGGGAGGAAUAGACCAGAAGCCCCGGACAUUACCCAGGAAUAGGACGUUCCCGAUCAGAGGCUUUCAGAUCUAUGAUGGGCCCAUUCACCUCACCAGGUGCACUUUCAAAAAAUAUGUGCCAACUGCAGACAGGUAUACCAGUGCUAUUGGCUUCCUCAUGAAGAAUUCCUGGCAGAUAACCCCCAGAAAUAACCUGUCCCUCGUGAAGUUUGGUCCACAUGUCUCUCUGAAUGUCUUCUUUGGGAAGCCUGGCCCCUGGUUUGAAGACUGUGAGCUGGAUGGUGACAAGAACUCCAUAUUCCACGACAUCGAUGGCUCUGUGACAGGAUACAAGGACGCGUACGUGGGGAGAAUUGACAACUACCUGAUCCGCCAUCCUAGCUGUGUGAACGUGACCCAGUGGAACGCGGUGAUCUGCAGCGGGAGCUACGCCCAGGUCUAUGUGCAAACGUGGAGCACUCAGAAUCUGACAAUGACCAUCACACGAGAUGAGUACCCAUCCUACCCGAUGGUGCUUCGUGGCAUUAACCAGAAGGCUGCCUUUCCCCAGUACCAGCCGGUGAUCAUGCUGGAGAAGGGCUAUACCAUCCACUGGAACGGGCCAGCGCCGAAGACUGUAUUUCUAUACCUCAUAAAUUUCAACAAGGAUGACUGGAUUCGAGUUGGCCUCUGCUAUCCAUCAAACACAAUUUUUCAGAUUACUUUUGGCUUUUUACAGCGGCAUAAUGGCUCGUUAUCCAAAAUGGAAGAUUAUGAGCCUGUGAAUUCACUGGAAGAAUUGCAGAGGAAGCCGUCUGAGAGGAAAUUCUAUUUUGACUCCGGCACGGGGUUGCUGUUUCUGUAUCUGAAAGCCCAGGGCCACAGGGAUGGCCACAGUUACUGCUCAUCUCAGGGAUGCGAACGAGUCAGGAUCCAGGCGGCAACAGACUCAAAAGAUACCAGUAACUGCAUGGCCAAAGCAUAUCCCAAGUAUUACCAGAAGCCUUCCGCCCUCAAGCGGAUGCCAGCCAUGCUCACCAAACCCUGCCAAGGCUGCGGGACCCACCAGGUGGUGUUUACCAGUGAUCCUCAUAAAAGCUACCUCCCUGUGCAAUUCCAGUCACCCAGUAAGGUGGAGACUCAGCGCGGAGACCCGUCUGUCAUCUCUGUCAAUGGCACCGACUUUCCCUUCCGAAGUGCUGGUGUCCUUCUCCUCAUUGUGGAUGCCUGCAGCGUUCCCUUCCGGUUGACGGAAAAGAAGUUUUUCCCUCUUGCUGAUGUCAGCCUCGUGGGGGUGUAUUUAAAAACAGGCAUCCCUCCGAGGUCCGUUGUUCUAUUGAGCACAAGAGGAGAAAUAAAGCAGUUGAAUAUUUCAGAUUCAUUAAUACCUCUGGGAUUAGCCAAACCAGCUCAUCUUUCCAACAAAGGGAGCACCAUAUUUUUGGGAUUCAGUGGAAACUCUAAACCAUCAUGGACUAAGCUAUUUACCAGUCCUGCCGGCCAGGGCCUUGGGCUGCUGGAACAGUUCAUCCCUUUGCAGCUGGAGCAAUAUGGUUGUCCCAGGAUCGGCGCUGUCCGCAGGAGAGACCUGGAGCUGUUAAAGCAAACUUCAAAAGCACAUUAG